AUGAACACUGGAAAGGCAGCAAAAAGAAAGGAGGAGGAGGGGGAGGAGGAUAGAGUGCAAGUGACUAUAGUACAUAAAAACAGGCCCAAAAACCCCAGCCCCUUGUACUUGAAAAAUGCCAAACCGGAGCUUCGGGUGAUGAAGGUCGUCCUGAACGUGGAAUGGCCGGACAGAAGGAGCGAAACGAUGCAAUACGUCCCAGCGGAGGGAGAACUCUCUACGUUCUCAAUUUCCAGCUGCGAAAGAGCCAUGGAAAAGAAGCUGAAAAAGUUCUGGACCGGUCAGAGUGAGUGCGACGAGGACGACGACGAGGCAUCGUCGGAUGCUCAGGGCCACGUCUCACUUCCAGGUGCCCGAUGUCAAGGAGUCCUUGAAAUGAAGUCAUCUGGAGGUGAUGUCACAAACCAGUGCAAUAGUGUUGAACAAGUCUCAGAGGAAAGUGAUGCUGUUCUGAUCUCAUGUUCCCAGACUCAGAAGGAAAAUCAAAAGUCAGUCCCUCAUCUCAAGAAGCAUCAUCCUGCCCACAAACUGACACCAUUGAAUGGGUUGCAAAAAGCAGGCAUCAAGAGAGAGGAUGCCAUUCAACACGGGUAUGGGCUUCGGUCUCAUAAUUCCAACGGGUCCAAUAAAAAAUCGGGAGAGAGAAAGCGAUGCUGCUCCUCCUCUUCCAUUUCCUCAGAAGAAGGAGUUAAGAGGAAGCGUGUCUCCCUCAGAAGACCUCGUGUUCAAGAGCAGAACUGUGAUAUUGUGGGGAAGCCCCAGUGUGAAGAGGGUGAAACACUCUCUCCGAAUCCCAUCGGGAGAGUGUCUCCUCCGAGCAUUCCUGUGGCUACCGCUGCUGCAGUUUCCAAGGUGCCCUUAGUGACUCAGGCCUUCAAAAUCCCUCUCAAAAAGGUGUCCUCUCUCCCAUGGGUUAAACCUGCACGAGAGAAGGAAGACCCUAAGAGCCUCUCCAACAAGACUCAGCAUCCAAAGAGGGAGAGAUCAAAGUGCGAUCUCAAGAGUCGUGAGGAGCAGGGUGAGAAUUCGAAAUCAUCGCCCCUACUGACUGAGCUUUCAGAACCUGUUCCUUCUUCCCAAGGGAGAAAUGGGUUCCUUGGUCAGAAAAGGGUUGAAAUCGAUGGAAAAUGUGAUAGAAAAGAACUGCUGCAGUGUGGUCCACUUCAUACAUAUGGACAUGGCAGUGAGGCAACAUCGUACAAGGUGGAUGCAAGCAAAGAGGAGACAGACGAAACGGACAGUGACAGUGGACGAUUGUNGAACUUGAGAAUAUGGUCGACGCUUUCUCGGUACCAAAAGAAGCUGAAAAAGUUCUGGACCGGUCAGAGUGAGUGCGACGAGGACGACGACGAGGCAUUGUCGGAUGCUCAGGGCCAUGUCUCGCUUCCAGGUGCCCGAUGCCAAGGAGUACUUGAAAUUAAGUCAUCUGGAGGUGAUGUCACUAACCAGUGCAAUAGUGUUAAACAAGUCUCAGAGGAAAGUGAUGCUGUUCUGAUCUCAGGUUCCCAGACUCAGAAGGAAAAUCAAAAGUCAGUCCCUCAUCUCAAGAAGCAUCAUCCUGCCCACAAACUGACACCAUUGAAUGGGUUGCAAAAAGCAGGCAUCAAGAGAGAGGAUGCCAUUCAACACGGGUAUGGACUUCGGUCUCAUAAUUCCAACGGGUCCAAUAAAAAAUCGGGAGAGAGAAAGCGAUGCUGCUCCUCCUCUUCCAUUUCCUCAGAAGAAGGAGUUAAGAGGAAGCGUGUCUCCCUCAGAAGACCUCAUGUUCAAGAGCAGAACUGUGAUAUUGUGGGGAAGCCCCAGUGUGAAGAGGGUGAAACACUCUCUCCGAAUCCCAUCGGGAGAGUGUUUCCUCCGAGCAUUCCUGUGGCUACCGCUGCUGCAGUUUCCAAGGUGCCCUUAGUGACUCAGGCCUUCAAAAUCCCUCUCAAAAAGGUGUCCUCUCUCCCAUGGGUUAAACCUGCACAAGAGAAGGAAGACCCUAAGAGCCUCUCCAACAAGACUCAGCAUCCAAAGAGAGAGAGAUCAAAGUGCGAUCUCAAGAAUCGUGAGGAGCAGGGUGAGAAUUCGAAAUCAUCGCCCCUACUGACUGAGCUUUCAGAACCUGUUCCUUCUUCCCAAGGGAGAAAUGGGUUCCUUGGUCAGAAAAGGGUUGAAAUCGAUGGAAAAUGUGAUAGAAAAGAACUGCUGCAGUGUGGUCCACUUCAUACAUAUGGACAUGGCAGUGAGGCAACAUCGUACAAGGUGGAUGCAAGCAAAGAGGAGACAGACGAAACGGACAGUGACAGUGGACGAUUGUUCAUAUUGUCAGACCCUGAGGGCACCCCUCUCCGAUCGAAGUCGGAACCCGAGCCCUCGACCGACGGGACCGAUUCGGUCACCGACAGUAGCUCGAGCGACUUGUGUGAUAGCUGCAGUGAGACCAGUUGCUCUCAGUCAAUCUCCUUAAGUUCCAAAGACCAAAGUCUUCCACCCCAGACUGGUAAAGCGGCACAGCAAUUCCCUCAGACCGCCGACUGUGAAGUUGGCGACGACGAAAUCGUGCUGGACGAGGAAGAAGAUCUCGAGUUCUGGCGUGAAUCUCCUCCGACGAUCUCGACUCAGUGCGACGAGGGCCCAGAAUCUCCUAGUCAUCUGACCUGUUCAACUGCCCCAUCUGUUGGUGAUUCUCAACACAUGGAAGUCAGUUCAGACCCACACGAAGAGGUGCAGUCCCUGUCGACAUAUUCCACGUGUGAACCCAGCGCCUGGUCCAGCGUGUCUUCCACGAGCACCCGAGCAUCCUCGCCCUUGGAAGUCGCGAAGGAGCCUCCCAAGAAGCAGGGCUCGGAGGAGGCGUCAAUGCUUUACAGGGGCCCAUGGACUGUCAAGGCAUUGAAGAGGUGCUAUGCUGACCAGUGUUGGAAACAGGCCUUCUCUGGAGACUGUUCUUAUGGUGCCAAAUGCAAAUUUCGACACGAUAGGCUGGUGACACCUUCACUGAUGGUAGACUUCCAAGAAUUCCUUGUAGGGAAGUACAAGGAUGCUCAGGCACAUUUCGAGAUGGUGUUGCGGAAGAUGCACCUGGAUAGGGCCGAUGUGAGCAUCACGUGCAACAUGGUGAAGGCCUUCUUAUCCGUGGAGCAAGUCGUCGAUGCGGCCAUGUCCGUCCUCGGCGUGCUUCCCAAAGUGCGGCCGCACGGGCACCCGGUGCUCGCUUGCCUUCUCGAGCGGCUGAAAGACCAGGAAUGCCGGCUGGAGCCCAUGCAGCUCUUCAAGGUCAUGGAGAACGUCAAGGGGUGUCAGUUCAUACGCUCUGAACACGAGAUGUCUCUCGUCCUGGACGUCCUGCUCCAGAGCGAAUGCGUGGAUGGACUACUGGACGCCAUCGAACACGUCACAAAGGAGAGGGGGCUGAUGGUCCCGGAGGGCGUGCUGAAGCAGACGACGCACCUGGUGCUUCGAUUGAGGAAGGAAGGCGCCCUCGAGAAGAGGCUGGAGAAGUUGGCUCGGCUUCUGGCCGUCUACCGAGGUCACAACUGGUACCCGUUCCGGGUGUUCCCCCUCCCGCCCUCGUUGGACCCACGACACACCUUCCCCCAGCGUUGAGGAUUCGUCUCGGGGACUGGUGAAAGACACUAUGGGGCUGUUCAAACUUUGCAACUUGACAGUGAUGGGAAAUGCUUUACUUUUGAAACUAGAAAACAAACUCAUGCUUUAUCUGUUAGUUCCUCGGGCUCGUAUACGGCCGAACGGCCCCACGUUGUCGGAGUUUUACCGAAGUGAUAUCUCGUUGUUCCCAUCGGGGAACCAAUUUACAGUAUUCUUCGCUAAUAAUUCAGAGAGCCUUAGUUAAAUAUGUUUCACCGUUGGCGGUAAUUCGGGAUACUUUACGGAGCCGUCGUUUCGACGUGCGUGAUUGGUGCUGUGGCGUGGAACUCUAGCCUGAACUGUUCAAACAUAUUUUUGUAUCUAAGCCAAUCAGAGACCUCCAAGCAUUACAGCUAAAGUUCUUCGCCAGAGAUGCAAUUGCGCUUAGUUGCUUCAGGGUUCACUUUGCGAGUCUUACAUUUCUGUCGAACGGUCGUUGCCGAUGCCACGACGAACGCAUGCUGCGAAUGCUCGUACUCUUGAUAUGCGAUGAAAAUCGGUGCGACAGAGUUCUCUCUUUGGUCUCGAAGCAAUGUGGCCUUGCCAUCACCGAUGUGAUCAUUUCUGCGACAGGCGCGUCGGUUUGCGGUCGGUUCCCGGGCCCAUCUCUAAACCGGAAUUCUCUUCGAGUGAGGCCUGCACUCGGUAGUCAGACUGUUUAUGAUCUGGAUUUAUUAUUGUUGUUUAUUCAAUACAUUCAUAUUCCAGAACGAA